CUCAUGAGAGCGCCUUCGCAUUUGAAAAGCGCUGAUUUGGGUUAUAAGCGUUACUCAGGUUGUAUGUUAGUCAGGUUGCUGAACGGUAGUGAUGCGAGGUGGUAUUAUCAAACUUCAAAUCAUUUAGGUUUCCCUGUGUAAUAACUUUUAGAUGUACCUAUAAACUCGAAGCACGACACCUAACUGGUGUUCGCCAGGGCUACCCACUAUCCCCAUUCUCACCUACUUUAGCCAUUAAUGCGAUCUUUGUUGUAAUAACAUUUCCAACCACCUUUUCAGAAGUUCAAUAUCCUACCAUAUGAUUCACUUGACUUAGAACACAAGGAUCACAUAGUUCUGCUUGGUGAAGACACUGACAAAGUGCAAGGUCUUCUAAUCACUCUGAGCAAUAACGCAAGAUCAUUUAAAAUGUGUUUUGUCUCUUAAAUACAAAAUGUUGCUUUAGGACUGGUCUAAACCAACACCUAAACUGAUGAUAGGUUGUGAAGUAGUUUAGUUCAUUGAUCACUUCAUUUAUCUAAGUGGUCUAGUCAGCUAUGAUGUGUUUGUGUCUGGUGAUGUGGCGUUUCGAAUCCGGAAAGUUCGGUUGACUUUUGGUAAAUUGUGUCACUUGUGGUGUAUGUGGAGUGUCCAUCUACCGACUCAAGGACAAGUAUAGUGGACAGUAACUCGUCCUAUCGUACUUUAUUGUUGUGAAGGAUAGUCUAUGAAAGUAGAUGUGAGUAGGCCGAAUGGUUUUUGAUCAUGGGAGCUUUGAAGCAUUGCUUGCGUUUCUUCGAACGACCGAGUUAACAAUGUUGUUUGACAAAUGUGUCAAAUUGGUCGGUGAGUCUAUAAAUCUUCACUGACUAAGGUAGUUAGGACAUAUGUUACGUAGGCCCAACCACUGCCUGCCUCAAAGAGUAAUGCUUGCUGGUGCAGUAUUAGGUUGGAAGAAAGAUAGGAGUGACCAAACAAGGACGUGGCAUCAGCCUAUGGAGUCAGACUGUCGUCUGAACUAUGUAGGCAGAUGCAAACUACUUGUUUGAGUCCACAUGAUAACCGCCACCAGCGAUUGGAGACUUUAAAUGACAGCUCAGAAUAAUUCACAACAACGAGGCAAAAUAUCUCCCUAAGAAAACCACCUGCUUGUGUUUGGGCGCCUGGGUAUUAUUCCAGCCCUCAUAUAAAUCAAAUUAUUUUUGUGGCGCACAUAUAUUUGGUGCCUCCUUGUGCCAAUAUGUGUUUAAAUAAAUGGAUAAAAUGCAUUUAGUCCCUAGCUGCCUCUUGGUUUCAGACUUCAGUACUCGGCUUUGAGGCAUAUUAUGUGAGCCUAGGGAUGACGCCCCGCUACCCAAAGACGGACCAGGGUUCGAAUCUGUAAUCUAGUGGUUUCUAAGACAGUGGUUUUAAUCAGCAGGGCACUGUUGCACAUUUAACAUCUUAGUACUACUUGUAUGAGGUUUAGCAUUGGGAUGUUAUCAGUAGACUCAAGCUUUUAGAUAAUUUUGCAUCCAGAGACUACGACUAAUUCACAAAAUACAGUGUUUAUAAACAAUAUGUUUUCGGUAUCUCAUAAAUGGUUUCGCUUUCCGCUUUUAUAGGAGUUUGUAGAUAGUAGGAAUAUGCGUUUAUGCUCGGUCUUACAAUCAGUUACCCAUCUCAAAUUACUCAUACUGGAGCUUAGAUUUAAUCUUUCAUCAAUCCACCCGGGUCUAGUAAAUUUGAAGACCAGUGUGUCAAAUUAUUACACAGGGAUUCGAAAAAGUUUUUGACUAAACAAACCAUGCACAAAGUGUAACCUUUUAGAGCUGUUAUUAAAAUUAUCAAUGAAAUUAACUGGUUGAUGUAUUUGUUGAAACCUCUAAGAUAAAGUAUUUUAUCGUGUUCUUCACCGCAGAAAUGAAAUCUGGCUCCAAAAUACAAUAAUUUACACCUCUAGAUACGUACAACGUUUAUUUACCAUGUUGACUUAUCAUCGUCUGUUAAAAACUUCAAGAAAAGAUGCUAGUUCCGGAUUAUGGUUGGGACUUAUCGUCCCUGCUUUAUUACUUAAAACAGAUAAUAAAGCACUCGCUUAUGAAUUUUUUCUAUCUUUAAUUACUGUACUCUUCUUAACGAAGAAUAGUCAUUUUAAACAUGCUGUCAUUCCUAUAUGUAUAUGGCUGAAUUGUCAACAUUUUCACCAUGUUAGUACGGUGAUUCGCCCUUUAUUUACAGUUAUGUUUGUUUUAUUUUUUUCUUACAAAUUACUAAGUCUAUUCCCUUUUUCGUUUACGUUUGGUGAAACUAUGCUACUUGCUCAACUUUCUGCAGUAUUUCUUCUUACUGAAUGUAAUUUUGUAGUACCAUUUUUAAUACUCUUUCUAAUUGAACGAUAUUCUAUUAGAUUCUCAGUGAAAAUGGCUUUUUUUGUGUUAAUAACACUUACUAUUUUGACUGGAUGCUUUUGGAUUUACGCUUGUCGUGUAAAGAUAGCUACUAGUUUCAUUAUAAAUCAAAUUGAAUGCUUUAUUGUGUCAACUAAUUUCAUUUUAUUGAUAUUUUGGCUAUGCUUAUUUAUGCUAUGUGUUUAUAUUACUAUUGUUUAUCGUUGUUCUGAUCAUAACAUUUAUCGGAUCAUGAAUAGUAGUACAGUUAAACCAGAAUUUUGUGAUAGUUCAAUUGUAUUAUCCGAUGAAUUGAGCCUAUCUGACCAAAGUGAAUAUUAUGAAUUAUUUAGCGAAAAUGAAUUAAUUAGAAAUAGUCGUACAACGUGUGAUUUAUUAUAUGAUGACAAAGAAGAAACGUUUCAACUUCGUAAACUAUUUCAUUUUGCUGCUGGUAUUGUAUAUUCAUCUGGCUUGCUCUAUUCACCAUAUCUUCUUUCAUUGAUGUCUGUCGCAUUACUUAUUGUAUUUUGGUGUUUUGAAUGGAUCCGAAGGCGAGGGCCAUCUACUCUUUCCUCCUACCUUAGUACUUUGGUUAAUCCAUUUCGUGAUAAACGAGAUUCUGGUGACAUUCUAUUCACACCUAUUGCUCUUUUACUCGGUUUAAGUAUUCCUGUUUGGUGGCCACAAAAUAGAAAUACUAAUGGGAGUAUAAUUAGUAUUGAUCACAAUUCAUUAACAUUCAUGGGCUUGUGGUUAAAAAACCAUCCUAAUUGUGAAGUGUCGAUUUAGUUUGCAAAUUUUAUAGAUUUUCUUAUGACAGAGAUAAUCUGUUCAUCAGUGACUAGCUCCAUAUAGAUUCCAGAAUUUCUACUGACAAGUGAUUGCUGUUGGAGUUGAACCAUGUCACUAAUACGAUUAGAGGCUGACGUUACCCAUAGUUUUCCAUGUACCCGAAGUGUAUCGUAUCUAACACUCAGUCGUCUUUCCUUUCCUUUAAUGAGUAAGUUCUGAAUUUCGAAGCAUAUUUUUUAUUAGAGAUUUCAUUUCAAAUACUAACGUCUACUGUACUUGUAUCUUUUAUCUGGCAUUUUGGUUUGGGUUUCAUUGGAGAAUAAGUUCAGGAGAAUUGGAUGAUCGUUACGUCGCUAUAUAAUGCGAAUUGACUGAAUUCAUGGGUGUAAAUUAUCGAAUUAUAAACUAACGGUUUCGAAAGUUAUCAUGUUCGUACAGAAAGAAAACUAACAGUCCUGAGCACAAUUUCGUGUCCGGUGGUCAUAACUAAUGCUCUACUUCGUCCAAACUAGUUAAUAUAUAUACAAUUAGUAAAGCAAUAAUUUGACAAGAUCUAUACACGAUGACCACUUUUUCAGUUGCUAUGCUAAUUACUAGUAAAUAUACAGUUGAAUUGUGAAGAUUAUAUAUUAGUAUGUUCAUCAGUGACUAACUCCAUAUGGAUUUCAAAACCUCUGUCCGAUUAUAAUCAUCAUAUGCUCACUAGUGACUGUCUCUAAGAAUUAUUUCCUAGAGUUCUGAUGAGAAGCCGUGGCUAGUGGAGUUCAACCGUAUCUGUUGUGAGAUAGUAACUCACUGAAGACAAUGGUUUGCGGUGGCGCAACUUCGUGGAUUGGUUGAAGUUAAACAAUAACACCGUUGGAUGCCGGCCCAGUGGUCUAGUUGUUUAAGCGCCUGGCGCGAGACUGAUAGGUUCUGGGUUCGAAUCUCGCGAGGUGUGGGAUCGUGGAUGCGCACUGCUUAGGAGUCCAAUACUAAGACAAAACAGCCGUUCAGUGCUUCCAGGUUUUCCAUAGUGGUCUAGCUUCGAUUGACUCAUGAUUUCAACCAGUGAAAUAUUUUAAUGUUUGAACUUUAUAGCAUGAAUUAAGACAAGCGAAAUGACUUUCAACUAUCAAGUAUCAGUGAAAAACUGUGCACAUUGGCACUCGUACUAUUGAUAAAAUGACAUUAACACUGAUGAGUGAGCAACUAUGUAUGAGUUUCUUUAGUUGUUAGUGUGUAGUUAAAAAAUUUUUUUCUGGCAACCUGACUUAGAGCUUAGUAACUGUGUUUAUGAAACCAUUCAGUUAAAUAGUUUGAUCAAUUCUGUUUUUUUUUAAAAUUAAGUGUUAUUAAUAUUCAAAUAUCUAUUAUUAUACGCAUAAGCUUAAGUCAAUACAUAGAUUUCGUAAAGAAGUUUUUUAAUAUUUAUAACCAGGCAACUUAUGUUACCAAUUGGAUGUGAAGCCGUCAUCGUGGUCAGGAGUUCUAUCAAUAGCUAUAGGCGAUAGUUUUGCUGCAUUGAUUGGACGAGCUUAUGGAAGGCGUCGUUGGCCUGGAUCACAUCGAACAUAUCUAGGAUCUUUCGCUUCAUUCUUUUCUCAAGUAUGUAUGUAUGUUUGUGUAUAUAGUAGUAAUAUAGGCAUGCAUUGAUUUAAUGUUAAGAAAAUUUUGUUGAAUGAUCCACUGGAUUGUCGUUAUUCUUAUCUCCUCACUAGGAAGUUCAAUCACUAACUCAUUAUUGACACUGAAUUAUUUUCGUAAUAAUCUAAGGAUUUCUCUACUGUGAUUUGUCAAGAAAUCCUUCCAUGUGCCAUUGGUACGACUGGAAAAAGUGAGAGCCAAUGCUUCCUAUAAAAAUGUUUCAAUGUAGAUUUGUCAUUUUAAGUCUCCUGAAACCGGGCCCCAAACUAUAUUUCGAGGCUUUCAGUGUUCGGACCCUUUAGUAUAGUAGCACAUUAAGUCAUGGAUUGGGCGAGUGCCUGCUGGCGUGUAUACCCGUAUAUUAACGUGGGUUACUGGUCAAAGGCUCCGUCCUAAUAAUCCGGCCACAGCCUAGUCCGGUCUAGAUGGCUUGAUCGGCAUGCUGUGGUGCGUUGUGCUCGAGUCGUGGCUUAAUGAAUGUAGUCUUUGCCUGAAAAGCUUUGUCCGCCUAUUUCUCACACCGAGGGUAUUUCCUACAGUAAAGCUCUUGAAACCCAAUUCUCUUAAAGUGGCUGGAUAGCCCCAAUUUAGCGGACCUGGAGCUUAUUGGUUAUGGUGCGCUCAACUUUCAGCCACUAACUCCUCGGUUCAAACCCCACUCGACUUACUUUGGUUUAGGCGACUAGGUUGUAUUAUCAUAACCCGUCAUUCUUAGGAUAUGACUUAUAUCCGCCUGUAGCUCUUCUAGAGUUACUACCGUUCUCAAGCCCGGGUAAAGAAGGAGGGUUGGGCACGGGGUCGGUAACCCCAUCCCAUAGUAAAAACACUAGCCAGAUUAAACAAAUUAAAUCAUUUGUCGAAUGAUUUAAUUAAAUUCUCAAGAAUUCACAACAUCAUCGAAAUAUUCAGGUUUCUCUUGUUGAAUGUAUACGUGAUACAAGUAUUGUUUGCAUUACUAGUAAAUUACUAUACUAACCGAAGUCGGAAUUUUGAUUUUACUUUCUCUGUGCAAGAAAUCUGCGUUUAAUCGAAGUCGUCAAGAUCAACGGACUUGUUGAAUGUCUAGAAACUUCAUAACUUUCAGUCGUAGAAAAUACAUUUAGUAUUUCUUGUAAUCAAAACUAUGAUAGUGUCAUUUAGAAUUAGUACUUCCCACUAAUCUAUUCCAGCUCUCCACGUAGUAAGUAAUCGAUAACUAUCAGCGGAGAUGGAAAGUGGCUAGCAGUCAAAUUUGCAACACGAGUUUCGUCCCAUUUGGCACUCGUUAGCUAGGUAGAUCUGCAUUCUGUAGUUGAUUUUCACUUUGGGACUCACGCUCAGCACUGUUCACAUCAAACGCCAUCGAGUUUUCUACUUAGCUACUAAGUCCAGGUAGCCACUGGGGUUAGGUUGUGCAAUAAGGUGAAGUUCAACUCAUUUCUUUUGGUUGUUUGAAUUUUCCCAUUGAUGUGAAGGAAUGCAACUGUUCAACUCUUGAGUGCAGGUACAUCCAACUGACGAGUCCUAAAUAAGGCAAAUGGGCAUCCUGAAUAUCACUGCUAAUUAUCAUCUGUCUGUGCUUAUAGUGAUUGUGACUUAAUGGUAAUAUCAAGGUAAUGCGUGUAGGAUGUACAUUUGCCUAUAAGAGACUGAUUAAUUUCAGUCCUAAACAUCAAUGAGAAGAUCCAAACAACCAAUACAAAUGAGUUCAACUGAUUUAGUUUAUAAAAUAAUAUUGAGUUCGUAUUUGAAUUAUUCUGUCAUUAAAAUAAUGUCAUCAGAUUGUUCACAAAUAUUUCUAACGCACUGGAAACUUAUCUAAUUAUUUGUAAUAAUUUAGUUUGAAAUGUUAAAUCAUUGUUUCCUGCUAUCAGUUUGUUACCUUGAAGAGACUAAAUUUCUAAAUAUCCGUCAUUUGAUGAUGAGGAGAUGAGAUUUGUUUUGACAAUGUCAUCUCGUUGUGCUAAAUUGGCUUAUGGUAACUUGAACCAACGUACAUAUGUUCUGUGUUCUGCAUUGCGUUUAACUUACUGAAUAAUCGAUAGGAUUAGGAAAUUUGUGCUUGGCUCUCUUCUCACUUACAACCAAAUUAUUAGAUAUAAUUAUGCGGAAAAAAGUGAUGUUUUACUAACUUAGUGUAUAAAGUUGGGUAAAAUAAAAAAAAAUUUCAUUCCAGAACAACAAUCUUUUACAAUUGACAUCAGGUAAUAGACAGUUUCAUUCGUCUCAUCAAGUGAUUUUACUGUUACGAAAUUCAUAAUUCAAAUCUUCCCAGUUAUAUAUGCUGUAAGCUGUUUUAGAGUUAAUCCAAUGAGUUGUGUCAAUGUGUUGCUAUAGGAUAUGUUUUUAAUUUUUUAUUUGAACAUAUAAAUAUUGGUACAAGAGGAUGUAGAACUAUGGUCUACUAUGAUAUUAGUACUGCUCUAAUAAUAGACCUAAUCCUAAAAUUGUAGAUUUGUCAUGAUAUAACUGCCUAAUCUAUAAGAUCUUACGUGGAAGUCACAUCAUCGACUACACCAACUCACUGUAUCGUAUCAAUUACCAAUACAUGAUGUAGAACAAGGUUAGGCUAGAGAAGGAACAAUAUAUUUAAUAUGAAUAGAAGAUAUAAGGUAAUAUUCAGAUGGACCACGCCUGCAUGGCCGAGCCAUGCCACUCGAUCAACUCCAGUCCAUUCCAUUCAUUGUUCCCUCCUUUUCCAUCGUUAGGUAUUUCUCCGCGUUAAAUAUUGAAUACCUAUUUUCCGAGUAAUCUCGUAUUCAGCUUUGAGGAUUGUGUGGUUAUGAUCCAAUGCCACUACAAAUUUCAUCAUAUUUGUGUAUGGACUGUGAUACUGCCCGGGUGCCCAGAUCGAAGCAGGUGGUUUUCCUAGAAGGCCACUCCCCAAGCCUUUGACCUAGAAGUCUAACCCACAAGGCAAUCGAGCAUCGUGAGGAGAUGUAGUCCCAUGGUAGCCGGUGACCAACGAUUGGUUUAUACGCCAUUUGUUCCCUCAGGAUCCUGGAGCCCAUGUGCACCAUUGGUUUGUGAUCCGGUUAAAGCGCCGGACAUUCUCUUUUCGUCCUCUCAUUUUCGUAAACAACACCCCCUCCACGAGAAGGUAGUGAGUAGGACUUCCCUGUCAGAGGCUGUAUACGCGUAUCCAUUUGAAAGCAUUUCAAGAGGGUGGACGUGCCCUCCCCACUCUCGGCCAUACCAGGGUAUUUAGGGGCAUUGGAAUUGGUGAUACUAACAAUGAAGUACAAAACCUUCUUAACAACUCCUUCUAGUCUUUAUAUCAAGUACAUGUUAACAAGUGAAUUAUAUAAUCAAAUUGUUCAAAUGAUUCAUUUCUUGAAUACAUCAUCCUUUUUUUUUUUUUUUAUAUUGUUACAUCAUUUAGAUGAUUGCAUGGACAAUAAUAUCAUAUUAUUAUUCAUGGUAUUGGUUAACCGGUAUUAUUCCUUUAUUCAUUGGUGUACUUAUUGAAGCAUAUAUUGAUCAAAUUGAUAAUUUAGUUAUACCAUUGGUUGUUAUGCUUAUUUUUCAUAGUUUAUAA